AGCGGGUGUCAGCGGGGAGUCAUGAAGAGGAGUGGCACACCAGUGUGGGACAGAAGGAGCUACAGGCCCCCUCCCACAUUAAAGAGGAGCAGCUUCAUGAUGAAGAUGAAGCUCAGUCCUUACAGCUUCAUCACAGUCAAAGUGAGGAGAACAGAGGGGCAGAGCUUGUAAGUCAACACAUCACAGAAGAUGAUGGAGAGCAUUGUGAAGAUAUCAAGUCAGAACCAGACAGCAUCUUUGCUCCACUGUCAGACAUGGACCACAUGAUGUCACACUCUUCUGAUCACAGUGACCACAUCCAAAAACCUUUGGAGAGUAAAAAUGACUCUAAAGGUGAUACGAGACAUCACACUAACAACAAACACUUUGACUGCUCUGAAUGUGGGAAAUCAUUUAGACUGAAGAGUGACUGUACAAGACACAUGAGAACACAUACUGGAGAGAAACCUUUUACUUGCUCUGUUUGUAAGAAGAGUUUCUCCAGAAAGGGUGUCAUGACCAGACACAUGAGGAGGACACACACUGGAGAGAAACCUUUUGCCUGCUCAGCUUGUGCUAAAAGAUUCAACACUAAGUAUGCAAUGACCUCACACAUGAGAACACACACAGGUGAGAAACCUUUUACUUGCUCUGUUUGUAAGAAGAGUUUCUCCAGAAAAUGUAUCAUGACCACACACAUGAGACUACACACUGGAGAGAAACCUUUUGCUUGCUCAUCUUGUGCUAAAACAUUCAUCACUAAGAAGGAAAUUAUAUUGCACCUGAGAACACACCUACGUGAGAAACUUUUAACUUGCUCUGUUUGUAAGAAGAGUUUCUCCAGAAAGGGUAUCAUGACCACACACAUGAGAACACACACUGGAGAGAAACCUUUUGCUUGCUCAGCUUGUGCUAAAAGAUUCAACAGUGAGAAAUACAUGAUAUUGCACAUGAGA